CUUUUUUGUUUUGCUUUUUUUUUUUUUUUUUUCCUUCCUCUACACUCCGAGUACUGCAGAGACAGUAUUUCCCUUGACCGCUGGGGCACGAGCGCAAGGCCCCCGUUCGGUCCUCCGGCCACGCCUUCUGCUCCUGACCACCCCGCCCACCUAGCCCGCCGUUGCGUCAUCCAGCUGCGUGAGUCUCAAGAGCAUGCGCCGUUACGUCAUCCUCCAGCGACGGGAGGAUGUGUGCCGUGUGCGCUGUGAAUGCCGGCUCUUAGUUGAUGGUCCGCGUGAUUUUGCGCCUGUGAUACGGAGUGGUCUAGGGUAGAGAGCUGGUAAAGUCUAAUAAAUUGUCCUUGGAGCUGGCGAGCCUCGGCCGACCCACGGGCCCCAGAGGAGACAUAAGGCACAGUCGGUAUAAUUACUUCUGAUCAGUUUCAAACUAUUGACCCUUGGGCAACAGUGCAAUUAUAUGAAAUUAUGGCUGGUUAUAAGCCUGCAGCUAUUCAGACAUAUCCUAUACUUGGUGAAAAAAUCACCCAAGAUACUCUGUACUGGAACAACUAUAAGACCCCUGUUCAGAUUAAGGAGUUCGGUGCAGUGUCAAAAGUAGACUUUUCUCCACAGCCUCCUUAUAAUUAUGCUGUCACAGCCUCCUCAAGGAUUCACAUUUAUGGCCGAUAUUCCCAGGAACCUAUAAAAACCUUCUCCCGAUUUAAAGACACAGCAUACUGUGCUACUUUUCGACAGGAUGGUAGAUUGCUUGUGGCAGGAAGUGAAGAUGGUGGAGUGCAGCUUUUCGAUAUAAGUGGGAGGGCUCCCCUCAGGCAGUUCGAAGGCCAUACAAAAGCAGUUCAUACAGUAGAUUUUACAGCUGACAAAUACCAUGUAGUCUCUGGAGCUGAUGAUUAUACAGUUAAAUUAUGGGAUAUUCCAAACUCCAAAGAAAUUCUGACAUUCAAAGAACAUACUGAUUACGUGAGGUGUGGAUGUGCUAGCAAACUGAACCCAGACCUCUUUGUAACAGGGUCAUACGAUCAUACUGUGAAGAUGUUUGAUGCACGAACAAAUAAAAGCGUUCUCUCUGUUGAGCAUGGGCAGCCAGUGGAGAGUGUCCUGCUUUUUCCCUCUGGGGGUCUUCUAGUAUCAGCAGGAGGUCGUUAUGUUAAAGUCUGGGACAUGUUGAAAGGAGGACAGUUGCUAGUGUCUUUGAAAAAUCAUCACAAAACUGUGACAUGUUUAUGUCUGAGCAGUUCUGGACAGAGGUUACUCUCUGGCUCCCUGGAUAGGAAAGUAAAAGUAUAUAGCACAGCUUCCUACAAAGUAGUCCAUAGUUUUGAUUAUGCAGCAUCAAUCUUGAGUCUUGCACUUGCACAUGAAGAUGAGACAAUAGUUGUAGGAAUGACCAAUGGAAUAUUGAGUGUUAAACAUAAGAAAUCUGAAGCAAAAAAGGAUUCUCUUCCCAGGAGAAGAAGGCCUGCAUAUCGAACCUUUAUUAAAGGAAAAAAUUACAUGAAGCAACGGGAUGACAUUUUGAUCAGUAGGCCAGCAAAGAAACAUCUAGAAUUGUAUGACAGGGAUCUGAAAAACUUUCGGAUCUCUAAGGCACUUGACAGAGUCCUCGAGCCCAGUUGUACAAUAAAGACACCCGAGAUUACAGUUUCCAUCAUAAAGGAGCUAAAUCGAAGAGGAGUCCUUGCAAAUGCCCUCGCAGGUCGGGAUGAAAAGGAGAUCAGUCGCAUUCUUAAUUUUUUGAUAAGAAAUCUCUCACAGCCAAGAUUUGCCCCUGUUUUGAUCAAUGUUGCUGAAAUAAUUAUUGAUAUAUAUCUGCCUGUGAUUGGUCAGUCACCUGUAGUGGAUAAAAAGUUUUUACUACUCCAAGGACUUGUGGAAAAAGAGAUUGAUUACCAAAGAGAACUUCUAGAAACCUUGGGAAUGAUGGAUAUGCUUUUUGCUACCAUGACAAGGAAAGAAAGCACUUCUAUAUUGAAACAUACAUCUGAUGGAUUUCUAGAGAACAAGAAGAUAGAAUCAUAGUGUCUGCUUAAUAAGACACAUAAGAACUCCUAAUUUGGAAUGGAUUUGACUCCAUUAACUGAUAGAAAGAGAAUCUCUUUGAUAUAUUUAGAAAAGUAUUUAUGGGAGCAAUUAUAUGGAAGACACUGGAAUAAUUAUGAUUGGAAGAUAAGUACCUAGUUUAAGACAUGGUUUUCCAUGUAAUAUUUUGAAUUAUUUGAUGGCAUUUUCAGCUAGAAAAUCUCAAUUGUCUUAGUCAUGAUAUAUGUCUACCUUGGAUGAAUUGAUACUAAUUUUUUUUGGAGAGGUUUUCGCUAUAGGGCACGUGUGCUCACCAGACAGAGAGAGACAUAGAGACAGAAAGCGAGAAAUCAC